AUGUCAUUUCAGUCAAUUUUAAACAAUGUUCGAAACUAUAUGUCUCAAAAUUAUAUUCUUGUUGAUGAAGAUUGGUUAAUGCAGUAAGUAGAACAUUUUAUGAUAAAUCAUUAUGUUGACGAGAACUAUAAUGAAAACGAAAUUAAAACCAUGACCAAGGAGCAGUGGUUGUUAAAUAAUAUCACUGAAAUAAAUACGCAAGGUUGCCUGCCCCCAAAUUUAGGCAGUCUCAAGAAAACUGUACUUCCCAAUCGAUAUGUGCUCCAAAUUAAUGCAGUAGUAGAUAUUGGGUCUCCAGCUUACCAGCAGUACCUCAAACUGCAGAAGGUAAACACAGACAACCUUGAAGCUACUACGAAUUUUGAGGAAAAGGUGUCAAGUCAUAGGAUGUUAAAAUUGUCUAUGACAGAUGGUGUCCAGAUGGUUAAUGGUAUAGAAUACGAGCCGAUGCGAAAUCUCUCUAUUGACGUGACGCCGGGCAGCAAGAUUCUUAUUAAAGGUCCGGUGGAGUGUAGACGUGGUACUUUGUUACUAACGGAGAGUUCUGUAGAGCUGCUAGGCGGUGAGGUCGCUGAACUGAUAACACAGUAUUCACAAGCGAGCCUCUUAAGUGGCAUAUUGAAUAAAGAAAUUCCACAGGUGUUGAGUUCGGACACAAUAACAACAACAACAGCAUCUGAUCAACAAACAAAUAGUAAUGUUCCAUCAUCUGGUCAAGUAACGCCAAACGACGGUGCACAUCAACCAACGAGUAAUUUCAUUGACGAUGAAUUAAAUUUUGCCGAAUUGGACGCUAUAGAAGAACAGUACACCAAUGUGCCCAAAAGAUCAUCUAAUGAUGAACUAGUCAAUCCAGUUAAGAAACUCAAAAAGUCAGACACAGAUCUUAUGUGUGAUCCCUUUGAUGAUUUAAUGGAAGAUGAAGAUUACCUUAGAGAAAUGGAAGCACAAUUUGAUGCACAGGAAACUUCUUUAAACAAUUCCCUUACUAGUUUUGAUAUGCCCAAUAACACGCCAAGCAGUCGAUCGAGUGUUUUAGAAAUGCCAAUAGAACCGUUUGCUUACAUAAAACAAAUAAACGAUCUAGAUGAGAAAAUUGGAAGAGUUUUUAAAGUGAAAGCGCAGAUUUUGAAGGUAUUGUCCAAAUUGACGGUUGGUAAGCAGGGAUGGCAGUUAAGGUGCAAGAUUUUGGAUGGUACCGGAACUUUAGAUGUGGACUUUUCAAGCGAUGUGCUUUCGAAUUUGGUUGGAUUCACGCCACAAGAAAUGAUCAAGAUGAAGGGUCAGAUUGCAAAGGAUCCGGAAGUUAAGGGAAAGGUUGAUUCGGCCUUACAAAAAGCAAAAGAAAAUUUUCAAACACUCUACUGCAUAUUUGAAUUAACAAUAUUGGAGAACCCAGUGGUCACGCAACUCAUACCAUUUGAAAGUUGUCACGUUGAAGAUCAAAAGAAGAGGCUACAUGAAUGUGGAUUUUAAAUUAUUACAGAUAUUUAUGGAAUGAAAAUGAGUAUAUAGAAAAAAUAAUAAUCGACUAACUCUUGCGCAAUUAACAGUGACCCUGCUUUUUGCUCCGAAGGUUGAUUCUUCCGAGUGCCACCAGAAGUAUGGGUGUAAUACAUGUUAGUAUAAAUUAGACACCAAAUGGACUGUAUAGCGCACAACUCGAGAAUAUAUAGUUUUUGUGGAAUAACAAGUUAAGAAAAUUGUAAAAUUUUAGAACGAUUUUAGAAAGUAACGUGGCAUUUGACAUUUCGCAAGAGGAGUGUGGGAUCAGCUUGUUGUUCGUCUAAUAUUUUGAGUGAUGAUAAAUAUGGACAGUUCUGUAUCAUGAUUAAUUAAGACUUCAGCUGAACAGUUCGACAUCACUAUUCGCGAGGGUAGUAGAAAAUUUACAUUAGAUUAUUAGUUUGGUAUGUACAUGUACACACUAUGUUGUAUUUCACUGUUUUCUUUAAUGUUUUAUGUUAAUACUUUAAGUAACUAUAAGAUAGAUUUUUUUUAAAGUUGUAUUUAAUUUCUGUAGAAAUAUGUAUUAAACAGGUUGUGUAAAAAUGUAUAUAAGAAUACUAAUGUUUUAGAUGCAUUUUAAACAAUUGAAAAUAUUUCAAUAUUUGUCAGCAAAUUAUAGUUAUCCCUUCAUUUUUCUCUGUUUGUUACCAGUUAUGCUUUUAUAUUAUAUAUAUUUUUAAUGUUUUAAAUUAAAUAAUAUUAUUAUUAUUCA